AUGGAGUUUUUCGGUUUUAGUCAAACUGCUGAUAUCGCACUAACACUGAAAGAUGCUGACACCAGAGAGGUUGCUAAAAUACGUGGAAACAGUGGGCAGCUGGAAACUCAUUACUUGUUCUAUGACGGAGAAUCAGUAUCUGGCAUUGUUAACAUUGCCGUCGACAAAAAGCUUGAUCAUCAGGGCAUUCGUAUCGAAUUUAUAGGACAAAUAGAAAUUUUUAAUGAACGUGGCAGUCAGCAUAAUUUUCUUUCAUUGGUAAAAGACUUGAGCGGUCCAGGUGAACUUACGCACAAAAAGAGCUUUUCUUUUGAUUUUCGAAAAGUUGCUAUGAGAUACGAAUCAUAUGUUGGAGAAAAUGUUGCAUUACGAUAUUUCCUACGUGUUGUUGUUAUGAAAAGAAUUAAGAAUAUAGUACGAGAGAUGGAUGUUAUUGUACAUACCUUAAGUUCCCAUUCUGAUACCGGACAAGCAAUUAAACUUGAAGUUGGAAUUGAAGAGGCUCUUCAAAUUGAAUUUGAGUAUGAUCACUUGAAGUGUCAUUUAAAGGAUAUGGUGGUCGGUAAAGUUUAUUUUCUUGUCGUUCGGGUGAAAAUUAAGGGUAUGUAUAUUUCAAUAAUUAGGAAAGAGACUGUAACAACGGAAUGGAGUACAGAUUCUAGCGAUAUUAGCGGAGAUAAAAAUUUAGCGGAAUAUGAAAUAAUGGAUGGUGCUCCUGUAAAAGGUGAAACUAUUCCAAUUAGGCUGUUUCUUUCCGCUUAUGAGCUUACUCCAACUAUGUAUGACAUAGCAAAAAAGUUUUCUGUAAGAUAUUACUUAAAGUUGGUUGUAGUGGAUGAAGAGGAUCGACGAUAUUUUAAAGAAGAGGUUCUCAAUUUGACAAGCAAACAAAUAUUUUUGAAAUUUUGCUUUAUUGGAGAAAUCCAGCAGUUGAAAAAAGAUUCACUUAUUUCUAUAAGUUUCAGCUAA